AAGAAAAACUGGGUCUCGAGAUUAUUUUUGUUUUGCAGGUUGUCUUUCUGGACGAUUAAACGCUCGAAUUUUCUUUCAAGAAGCUGUCUCUGGUCACCGUGUUACUGUGGUGGUGGGGGGGCACAUCACUUCUUUUCACUUUUAAUUCACAUUUUACAGUGCACUCCGUCUUGAGAGCGAAAUAGGGGUGCUAAGCCAGGACAGCCUCACUAUUCCCCUCCCCACGCCCGUCCGCUCCCGGGGGGCCCAGGUACCGGCUGAGUUCAUCACUCCCGAGUCCUUAGAGAAGCGGGAACAGAGGACCCGGAGGGGCUCAGGUUGCACCAGAGCAGUGCAGCUCUGUACAAUCCCUGGGCUCUGCGCUCCUGGGUCCUCCGAUGGGUCCGGCUGGAGAGCGGCUCUGAGCGCCGACCUCAGGGGGCGCAGGGCGGGUCCGGCUGGGGUGGGGAGGUCCUAGUCCGGCGCCCCAGAGCGGCCGGGGAAGGAGGCGCCUGGAGCCUGGUCCCCGCCUUGGUCCGCGCGGAGCCCGCGGGUUGGGCGGCGGUGGAGACGCUGCCCCGCCGAGCCCGGGAGGGAGGAGCUUGCCUCGGCCGCCGGACUGAGUGCCGGGCAGCCUCGCACAGUCAGCAGCUCCCCUAAGCGGCCCGCGGGACCUGGGGACACCUUGCCGCCUGGGCCCCCGGCCCCGCUCCGCCCCUCCACGGCUCCGCUGGCGGCCACGCGGCGGGAACUCCGGGGACGAUGCUCGAGCGUCCGGCGACCUGGGGCGCGCUGCUGCUGCUGGGCUUCGCGGGGCUGCGCAGUGGCCUGGGGUCGUCGCUACUGACAGGUUCUGUUGCAAAAUGUGAAAAUGAAGGAGAGGAGCUCCAGAUCCCUUUCAUCACAGACAAUCCAUGUAUAAUGUGUAUGUGCCUGAACAAGGAAGUGACUUGCAAGCGGGAGAAGUGCCUGGUGCUGCCACGCGACUGUGCCCUGGCCAUCAAGCAGAAGGGCACCUGCUGUGAGAGCUGCAAAGGCUGCACCUAUGAAGGAAACACCUACAAUAGCUCCUUCAAGUGGCAGAGCCCCACCGAGCCCUGUGUCCUGCGCCAGUGCCAGGAAGGUGUUGUCACAGAGUCUGAGCUGCAUUGUGUUGUUCACUGUGGAAACCCAACAGAGCACCCAGGAGCCUGCUGCCCCACCUGUCCAGGCUGUGUGUUUGAAGGCAUGAGGUACCGAGAAGGAGAGGAAUUUCAGCCAGAAGGGAGCAAGUGCACCAAGUGUUCCUGCCUCGGAGGCAGGACACAGUGCGUGAGAGAAGUCUGCCCCAUUCUCUCUUGUCCCCAGCACCUUAGUCACACACCCCCAGGACAGUGCUGCCCCAAAUGCUUGGGUCAGAGGAAAGUGUUUGACCUUCCUUUUGGGAGCUGCCUUUUUCACAGCAGUGUGUAUGACAAUGGAUCCUCAUUUCUCUAUGACAACUGCACAGCAUGUACCUGCAAGGAUUCCACCAUGGUGUGUAAGAAGAAGUGUUCCCAGCCUGGCAGCUGUGACAGAGGUGAGGAGGCCUGUUGUGAGCAAUGCCUCCUGCAAUUGCCCCCAGAGGACGUUAGUGUGUGCAAGUUUGGGAACAAGAUUUUCCAGUGGAGAGGUCCCACCCUCUGGCCCAGCUCCCACAGAACCCUGUGCUCUGUCCCACAGGAGGGUGAGGUAUGGUCUUUGCCCAACUGCACCAUCUGUGCUUGUGUGACUGGCAAGACGGAGUGUCGCAGGAAGCAGUGUGUGCCUAUCAGCAGUUGCCCACAGGGUAAAAUUCUCAACAGAAAAGGAUGCUGCCCCAUUUGCACUGAGAAGCCUGGAGUCUGCACGGUGUUUGGAGACCCUCACUACAACACUUUUGAUGGCCGGACCUUUAACUUUCAGGGCACUUGUCAGUACGUGCUGACCAGAGACUGCUCCUCCCCUGCCUCGUCCUUCCAGGUGCUGGUGAAGAAUGAUGCCCGGCGGACACACUCCUUCUCCUGGACCAAGUCGGUGCAACUAGUUCUGGGCUCGGGCACCGUCAGCCUAGAGCAGCACCUGGCCGUGCGCUGGAAUGGCUCCCGUGUGGCCCUGCCCUGCCAUGGGCCCUACUUCCACGUGGACCUGGAUGGCUACCUGCUGAAGGUGACCACCCGAGCAGGUUUGGAAAUAUCUUGGGAUGGAGACAGCUUUGUAGAGGUCAUGGCUGCUCCUCAUCUAAAGGGAAAGCUGUGUGGUCUUUGUGGCAACUACAAUGGACAUAAACGUGAUGACUUAAUUGGUAGAGACGGCAGCUUCAAGUUCAAUGUGGAUGACUUUGCUGAGUCUUGGAGAGUGGAGUCCAAUGAAUUCUGCAGCCAACCACGAAGGAGACUAGUGCCUGAACUGUGCCAUGGGACAGUGAAGGUGAAGCUGCGAGCCCAUCGAGAGUGCCAGAAGAUCAAGUCCUGGGAGUUUCAGACCUGCCACUCCACGGUGGACUAUGUCACAUUCUACAGGAGUGUCUGAAGUUGAUAACAGUUGUUCAAGAAGAUGAGGAUAUCUAGCUUGAAUCUCAUCAACAAACGCCUGCCCUUUCAUGCAUAUCAAGAACUCACACCUUGGAAACCACUUGGCAUGCUCUACUCAUGGAUCAUCUCCAGAUUCCCAGCACCUCAAACAGCCAUCACAACAAAAGCAUUUGACAUCAUCAUUGCAACCAACAUAAUAAAAACCAGCACUUGCAAGCUGCUCAGGCUGAACUGGAACAGUAGAUGGCCAGUAUAUAAAUGUUCUCAUUCAAGCUGUGUCUGCAUGCUCAGAUUUGAAAUACUAAAUCUCAGCAUUUCCAGAGAAUUUUCCAAAAAUGGGCAGUUGGGAAAAUGUCUCUGAUGUUCUGACAUGGCAUCAUCCUUUGGCUCCCAGUUACUCAGCUUUCCACCGCAGGCAGAGCAGGCAACCCUACCUCCAGGUCCUGUAUAAUAAAAACCAGCUUUUGCCAAGUCUAAUGGUGACAAAAGGUUAAUGGCCAUAUUCUGUAAGUAAAAAUCUGGCUUCUUCAGUACUCCCGGGAUAACUGUAGGGGUUAGUCCUCCCUGGAGAGAAGUCUUCCACUGCUCUGCAGUUAAGAGGGUUUGGUGAAAGGAUGGAACAAAAACCACUGAAUGAGCCACUGUGUUCCAAAGUAGGAGAUAAUGAAUGUGUCAAGCUGUUUCUCACUACAGAGUUAUUCUUAGAGGUGGAUUGCAGGCUAGCUGAAAUCAGAUUCUGAAUAAAGCUACAUCUGGGGUAUAGCUAUUUAUGCUUUCCAAUAGGAUUGUCUCCUUGUUUCCAAUUAUCCAGCUUCAGGCCACAACAGAAGCUUUUGACUUUGUAUUUCACACCAGUGUAAUAGAAACCAGCAUGAACAAGACUUCUUUCUGAAACAGGAACACAACUGGGAAAAGCUGAAUAUGUAGACAUUCUGUAGAGUUCACAUGAAAAGUCAUACUUCAUUUUUUGUUUGCUGUCAUUUGUCCAAUUUGGCAAGAUUGUGCUCUCUUCCAUUAUAGUUUUAAUUUUUUGAUAUGAGGGACCUUGGACAACUCUUUGGGAGGUAGUUUUGUUCAUGAGUGCAUGAGAGAAGUUUUUCAUGGCUAAAAGUUUUCGCAUAAAAUUUCUCAUCUCUUCACACUUAGAUUUUUACCACAAAAAAGGGAUCAAAUGAGAGACUCCUACUUAUGUAGAAUUCACUACACCUUCUUUAUAGAAUUUAUAACUGAGUAUACACUCAGGUAUGAUGAAUCACUCUCCUAAAUUACCGAGAUACUACUUAGCACUCUCUGGGAUGAUUAACUCUUAUAGGUAACCCAAAUGCUAUUUGCUCAUAGUUUGGUGUAAUAACUAACGUAAAGACCUGACACAUUUUAUACACUUUUGAACAUAUUAAAACUCUUUGAUUUUUCAAAAAAGUUUAUACUCUUAAAAUUCUAGGUAACUAUAGAAUAAUUAAAUUAUGCCUUUAAUUAAAUUAUUAUUUAAUUUGGUUAUAAGCUAUGAAGUCUGAAUAUCAGGCCAAUCACUGGAUAAGCCACCAGAAUAAAGUUAUAAUGUAGGCUUUUUUCCCUUAUAAGCUCUUUGAUAUGACAUCCAAAUUAACCUCAUUUUAUUCUAACAAACAAAAAUAAUUGCUCAUACUAUCGAAAGUCUAAUUCUAAUGGCUUAUCAUCAAAGUAUUUACUUAAGUUACAUUAGCAUCAGUUAAUAACAUUUGGGGAAGUCAAGCUUUAUUGAAUCUAUGUGAUAUCGCAUGAAUUUUGCUUAGUGUUUAUAAACUGUUAACUCUUCUUUGUUUAAAAUUAUUUACACUUCUUUCAACUUCCUGAAGUAUCACUAUAUUGUCUUUCUUCCUAAUUGUGUGUAUCAAUUACAACUGUUCAACUAAGGUAUUUUCUCCAUAAACUUAACUAGUUAACCAUAAAAUUUCCACAACAUUUUAAAAAUUAAAUAACCUGCUCUUCGUUUAGGGACCAUUCAGUUAUAAUACUGGCCAUGUGGUAAUUUAGGAUCAAUUUAUCAAAAGACACAUUUUUCUUCUGUUAUCACUAAUGUCUAACAAAAUAUUACUACCAACAGAACUACUGCAUACACAUAAUAUAACAGUAAUUUACUAAGCUUCUUUCUAAAAACAAAAUUACACUUCAAACCAUAUCCCUUUAUAACGUUUUAGAGUCCCCACAAUGGGAUUUAUUUCUGUAUAGAGGAAAAGUAGGGGGAAGAAGGCUCUUCAGAGCUGUAAAUCUUAGCGCUGGUGCAGAGGACAGGGCAGCCUCCCCCUUUGGCCUCCGGAGAGCCAGGAAACAGCGGUGCCCACCCAGAGUGCAGCCUGGAUCCACCAGCUCCCCUUUGCCUCUGGCGUUCCCGAAACCCCUUGCCCCAGCUGUACACUUUUGUUUUGAAGAAAAUUUAAAAAAAAAUAAAAGUAUGAAUUAUACUCUGCAAA